AUGACAGACUUGGCUCCACAGUUAUCAUCCUCAUCAUCAAAUAAUAAUGGCUCUUCUCCAGCAGACGAUCAUUUUGUAGAUGUUUCCUCAUUCACAAAUUCAAAUUCCUCAAAUUCGGACUCAAGUCCUCCCUACAGUUCAUCCGAACAUCCUUCACCAACCACAGAUGCUCGAACACCAACACCAAAUCCACUUUUACUAUCGUAUUCACCCGAAAAUGUGGCGACAAGUUUCGAGAGUAGCGAAAGGGAUCACGCUUCCCCCGAUAAUUUAUCAAUUAAUAAUGAUUUUGAGAAAAGCACCGGUGGGACAUUGCCUGCAAAUUUGAAUGAAGAAUUACAGAGACGUAAGUUAAUUUUGAUUAGGGAGAAGGGGUUUAGAAAUUCCGAAGAUAAUAUAUUUGUUUUUAUUUAGAACUUCUACGGUUUCAACAAGAAUUCAAAGAUUCAAUGAUGGAAAGUAAUCACAAUAGUGCGGCACUGAAUAUGAUGUCAGCUUUUAAUCAGCAACUUUUCAAGUCGACUUUUGGCAGUGGAAUUACACCACAGGUUGGUUCUUGGGAUUGCUCAUAUUAGGGUUUGGGUACAGUUUUUAGUAGAAAAUAGCAUUGCUCAUACUAAUUAUUUCUCCAAGUAUAUUUCUGAAUCAGAUAAUAAAGUAAUGUAAUUUAGUGUUUUUAAGAAAAAAAUAUGAUAAGAUUGCUCAUGUUAGUCUCAAAUUUCUUACCUCUUAUGAAGGGUGUAUUUUGAUUGUCAAACCUAACUUACAAUAUUUCUACAAACUUUACAAGCCUAUGUUAAUAGUUUGAGUUUAAAAAAUGCAGAUUAAAUUUUUAAUACCCUAACGUUAUACCCUAAUUGUAUCCAAUUCUCAAAUGUUCAGCUACCAGUCUCUCUACCCGCUGCCCUCUCUAUCACUCCUUCACCAUGUCCAACACCAAUCGUCGAAUCGACCCCAACAAAACGAAAACGUCAACGUCGGAAUCCAGUCUGGCCAUAUUUCGAUGUUGUCGAUGGAACAGCCAGAUGCAAACAAUGUCUGUAUAGCACAAAAAGUGUGUUCAGCACCAAUUUAAAAGUGCAUUUACGAUCACAUCAUCGAGCGGAUUAUGAAAAAGUGAUAUUGGCGGAAGAUGCGCUGAAUUUGAAUGCGUUGCUGUUAAGUGGAAAUACUUCAAAAUUAUUCAACGUUGACGCAAAUCGCAAAAGAAUGCCACCAAUGACGAGUAGUAUUUUAAUGACGAUCAAUAAAUGUAAGAGUUAUCCUAAGUUAAGAUUCCACAUUUUCCAUCAAUUCUUAUUUUUCAGUGGCAAAUCAACAACAAAACGGCGAGGAGAAUCCGUUGAAUGCAGUGUUACGUCAAACGCUGGCAAAUAACGGAUUGCAGCAACAUUUGCAGCAAGUUCAGAGUCAACUACAGGCUGCGCAAGUUGCAGCGGCGCAAAAGCAGCAAGCUCAAGUGCAGGCUCAGCAGCAGCAGCAACAACAGCAGAUUCCACAGUUCACUUUGAAUGCGGCGAAUUUGGCAGCAUUGAAUCAGUUGGCUAGGAAUCAAGUGCAGACACCACGUGAGUUUAUGUUAAUCUCAAAUGAAUUACUAUCGAUUCAGAUUAGAUUUUUAUUUUUUUUCAAGUCAUUGCUCAUAUUAACCUUGAAAAAAAUUAAGAUAAAAACAAUUCAAUUUCUGACUAAUUUUAUAUCCAAGAAAAUUCCGCAUUUUCUAGCCUCCACAACCACAACAUCGGCGACCACAGUCAGUCAAGAUCACAUCAUAAAUCAGCUGAAUUUUCCAGCUCACAUCAAACAGGAAAUCUUGAAUGCUCCACACGGAACAGAUGCAAAUGGUGUUCCACAGCCAAAACGGCGAAGACUUCGACGACAUCCUGUUUGGAUGUUUUUCAGGGAUUUGGAGGAUCGGGUUGGUUUUUGAGGGCAGGGAAUGGGAAAUUCAAGUAUUUUGAACCUAGAAACUUUUAGCUCAAAAAUCUUUGUUUCAAAAAUUAAAAAAAAAACUUUAAAUUUGUUCUGUAAAUUUUUAAAGUUUGAAAAACCUGGAUUUUUUCGAUAUCGAAGAAGUGUUUAUUAACCUCAAAAAUUCGAUAAAAAAUUAAAUGAAUUUCUGAAACAGUGAAAUUUUGCGAAAAAUCUAAAACACAUUCUUUCAGAUGGUUGGUUGUAUCAACUGCGAAUUCCGAACCGGUUCCGCCUUCUCCACAAAUCUCAAAAUGCAUCUAAAAGCUCACCACAAAGACGAUUAUGAGCGUGUACUUCAAUUGGAAGAAGAAAUGCGACUUGAAGAAGGUUGUCUCGGUCCAGCGAAUAAAUUCAAAUCCGAAUUAAUCGAUUAUAUUCGUGGCGGGGGAAAUGCUUCCACACCAACACCAACACCACAAUUCGGCUCAUCUGGUGUCACAAAUUCUUCUGGCGUUGCACCAAAAGCGUCUCCAUUGGUGCAACAAAUUAUUAGUCAGAAAUUAUUGGUGAAUAAUAAAAAGGAAUUGAGCGAUGAGGAUUCGUAUAGUGGAAUGUCGACCACGGAUAAAUUGGCGGCAUUGGUGGGAAUUGGUGAGAAAUCAUCAGAAACUUCUGGAGCUCCAGCGAGUUUUGAAGAACUUCGCCAAGCUGCCGAACGACUUUUCGCCGCAAACAAUUUUGGUGGAUUAUUGGCCCCUGCUCCACCUCAAAUUGUCACACCAUCCGUAGAUUUGAAUGGAAGUAUUAUUGCAUCGGAGACCAAAUCCACGUGCUCUUCAUCGACAUCAAAUGAUGUGGAAAUCGAGAGGAAGCAGGAAAGAGAUAAGGCUUUGGCAAGGUUGGUUGAGGGGUUGCUCAUGCUAAACUUUUUUCUCGAAAACAAAGGUCUUUCAUUUCAACACCACUCAGAGAAGGUCUGGCUGGAACGGCGCGGUUCGCGAAACCCAAAAAUCUGCCAAUCCGCGGCUGACACAAGAACUUUAGCGAAACGUCCGCGAAAUUAUACUCCGCUGUUAGCGAAACGUCCGCGCAAUGCACUCUCGAAAUAUAAAAAUGCUUCGCUACCCCUGAUAAUUAUCAGAAGUUAGUAUUGACUUGUAGUUCCAACCCGGCCUCGAUCCCGAUCCUGUCGUUUUGUAGUCAUCCAUCUUCCUUGCUGCGCUAUCCUCGUUGUCGCGUACGCGAUACAAUUUAUCCUUUUCAUACCCUCCCUCUCGAGUCCAUCCGCGAAUCCGCGAAAAACGCAAAAAAUCAAAUUUCCGAGUCAAAAAAUUUCGCGGAAUGCGCGAAAUUAGACUCUCAUUGGCUGAAGUUUCGCUGUCCGCGAAAUUUUUUUCGCGGAAUCCGCGUAAUGAUUUUCACCCAAAAAUCGGUGAAAAAUCGUCCGCGGACCGCGCCGUUCAAGCCAUACUUUCUCUGAGCAAACAUGAUAUUUUUGAAAAAAUCUAGAAUUUCUUAAGGGGAAAAUAGGUGUAGCAGAUUGCUCAGAUUAGGCUUCAAAAAAGCUAUGAUAAUGUUGAAACUAGACUGAGGCUCUACAGAUUUUUUUUGAACCAUUUUGAUGCAUUGCUCAUGUUAAGGCUAGACUAGGUUACUAUUUAAUAAAAGUGCUUGUCAAAUUUUAUGUUAUCCAAAUUCUGAAACGUAUUUUUUCAAGGGUUUCCUGAAAUAAGAAAUUGCUCAUAUUGGCCGCAUAUUUUCCCCUACAAAAUUAUAUCAUUACUCAUAUUAAUCUAAUAUUUUCUUUCAGACUUUGGUCCGACAACGAAACCCUUCUCACAAAUAUCCACUUCCGAGAGUUCAUUCACACCUUGGCUCCAGAAUAUGAAAUCCCAGACGCUGAAAUUUUAGCCUCACAAUUAAGUGAUCAAGAAUAA